AUGGAUUAUCCAGAUGAGAAUACAAUUCGUGUUUUGAUCACUACAGAUAACCAUGUUGGUUAUAAUGAAAAUGACCCAAUUGCUGGUGAUGAUUCAUGGAAAACGUUUCAUGAAAUUAUGAUGUUAGCAAAGGACAAUAACGUGGAUAUGGUUUUACAAGCUGGUGAUCUCUUUCAUGUUAAUAAACCAAGUAAGAAGUCCAUGUAUCAAGUUAUGAGAUCUUUAAGAAUGGCAUGUAUGGGGGAUAAACCUUGUGAAUUGGAAUUGUUAAAUGAUACGUCAGAGAUUUUCCAUUAUAAUGAGUUUACAGAUCUUAAUUAUCAAGACCCAAAUUUCAAUAUCUCUAUCCCUGUGUUUGGAAUUGCAGGUAAUCACGAUGAUGCUUCAGGAGAUGCAUUAUUAUGUCCAAUGGAUAUCUUACAAGUUUCCGGUUUAGUGAACCAUUUUGGAAAAGUCAUUGAAGCAGAUAAAAUCAAAGUACCACCCUUAUUAUUUAAGAAAGGUGAAACAAAAUUAGCAUUAUACGGAUUAGCCUCUGUUAGGGAUGAGAGAUUAUUCAGAACAUUUAAAGAAGGAAACGUAACUUUUGAAGUUCCAGAUAUGGAAGGUGACGAAUGGUUUAAUAUAAUGUGCGUACAUCAAAACCACACUGGGCAUACAAACACUGCAUUUCUUCCCGAACAAUUUUUACCAGGAUUUUUGGAUAUGGUGAUAUGGGGUCAUGAACACGAAUGUAUUCCUCAUUUAGUUCAUAAUCCGUUGAAGAACUUUGAUGUUCUUCAACCAGGAUCUUCGGUCGCGACCUCAUUGUGCGAUGCUGAGGCACAAGAUAAACAUGUAUUCAUUUUAGAAGUUCGAAAAGGUGAGCCACGUAAACUAAUCCCGAUCCCUCUUAAGACGACAAGACCAUUUAUUAUGAGAAAUAUUACAUUAACUGAUGUUGCUUAUUUAAGGCCUCAUGAUAAGGAAGGGAUUAUUAAAUAUUUAGUUAAUGAAGUGGAAGAUAUGAUAUCAGAAGCAAAGGUAGAAACCACAAGGAAAUUGGGAUUGGAAUUAAAAGAGGAGGAAGAAGCUGCGAAGUUAUUACAAUUAAAUUUACCAUUAAUUAGAUUACGUGUUGAUUAUUCGGGUCCCGAAGAUCGUAAUUCCAUAAUUGAUUAUCAAUUAGAGAACCCUAGGAGAUUUAGUAAUAGGUUCGUUGGUUCAGUAGCCAAUAGCAAUAAUAUAAUUCAAUAUCAUAAGAAGCGUAAAUUUCCCAAGAAAAAUACUAGUAACACAAAAGGUUUCGAGUAUAAUGAAAAUCUAAAGGAUAAUGAUGCUGAAUUAGAUGUUCAGACAUUGGUAAAUGAUAUGUUAAACAAAAUGUCUUUGGCACUACUACCUGAAAUUGGUAUGAAUGAAGCUGUCAAAAAAUUCAUUGAAAAGGAUGAAAAAUCUGCAUUAAAAGACUUUAUUGAUGAAGAAAUUAAAAAUGAGGUCAAGAUGCUGGCAUCCAGUGAAGAAUUAUUAAGCCUUACCGAUCCUGAAGAAAUUCGUAAAUUGAUACGACAUGUUAAGAAGGCUAAAGCAUCACAAGAUUACUCUCUGGAUGAUGAUAAAGAUCUGGAUCCAAACUUGGCAUCUGCUCUUGCUAAAGCUAAGAAGCGUUUGAAUGAGAUUGAAGGCAAUCCUGAGUCAAAUAGAGCUUUAACUAAUUUUGGCAUAACUUCAAAUGAGUUGGAUGACAUACCAAAAAACCAAGAAGAUAAACCAGUGAAGAAGAGUAGAACAGAAAACAAAAAACGUAUUUCUAGCACAAAAAGGGCUUCGCCAGAAACAAAAAACCCGCUUUAUCAGAUUCGAUCAUUGUUUCAGAUGAAGAACAACCAGAUGCCAGUAGUGAGGAUUACAUCUCGGAUAGUAUUGCUGCCGACGCAUAUUCUGAUAAUAAAAUUAAUGAUGAUAUUAUUGCCAUCGAUUCUGGUGAUGAAAAAGAUCAUUCAAAAAAUAGUACCAAUAAAAAAAGAAUUUCACAAAUGGCAGGCUCUAGAAAAAGACCAUCAUCAUCCACCAAAUCUUCUACAAGAGCUUCAAAGGCUCCGAAGACAGAUGUCUUAA